UUGAAAUAGCGCGCGUAUAACAAACUUCAAGGUCAUCCUUCAAGACAAGCACUACAGAUGAGUAAUGUGUUGACUCGUGGCCGCCUUUCACAUUCAUUUUCGAACUCUGACCAAGAUGCUUUCGAAAAUGCAAUUAUUCGAGUUGGCACAGAUUUUCAAGCUGACCUUCCGCUUUUCAAUGGUGAACCACCUCCAAGCGUUUUGAAUCAACCAGAUCGGGGAGUUGCUUUAUGGCUUCCAAUACCUGUUAGUCUCCAUAAUCAGUUAGAGGAAUUCUUGAAUACAGCUACUGAAAAAUAUGGUUAUUCAGAAGAACAAGCUCUUGCUUUACUUACAUGGCAUAAAACUGAUUUUGAUCAUGCAUUAUCAGAUUUAUGCAAUUUUAGUCCAAUCAAAUAUGAAUGGACAAUAUCUGAACGAAGAAUAUUUUUUAUAUCUGUUGAUUAUUAUAAUAAACAAUUUCAUCAAAUAAAAAAACUUUUUCCUAAUCGUACUGUCAAUGAAUUAAUUCUAUUCUAUUAUCUUAAUAAACGCAAUCAACAAACAUUGCAUGAAAUGGGUUUAUACGGACCUAAAUGGUCUAGUUUGUAUAAACGUGGUUAUUUAAUCCCAGGCAUUUUACCACCACCGGAUACUGUCCCUGUAAAGACACUGACAAAUAAUCAUAAAAAAUAUACUAUCGAUUUAGAUAUGAAUGAUCCAGUUGAUGCAGAAAUCAAGCGUUAUUUUGAUACUUUGCAUGAUUGUGUAUUGUUACCGGAAUCGGAAGAAUCAAAUCAAGACACCGAAACUGGCGGUGGUGGUGGUGGCACAUCAAGUAUGCAAUCGGAUUCCGAGGCAGAAGUGCGUACACCAUCUUCUUCCGCAGUAGCUGCCAAUAUCGAAGGGAGUGAACAAGUAUUAGACUAUGAACAGAAUAAAGUAAGAAAAGAUUCCAACGGACCUGGUCGUAGACGCCGAAAACAAUAUGGUGCUGGCGGUAAAACUCGAUCUACCACUUCAGGAUUUAUUUUAUCCCAAUCAUCAUUAAAUUUAUUACCGGAUGAUUUUAAUCCAACAAAUCGUUUAUCUGUACGUAAACAUGCGCGUUUUGAAGAAGAGAUUGCAGCUGUAACAUCAGCCGCUAUAACUUCUAGUAAUAGUGGUCAGUUACGUGAGAACAACAAAAAGUUAGUUGAAAUACAUACUGGCAUUAAUCCUGGUGUACGUAGUUCCAGAAGAGGUAUAUUGUUUGCUACCACACCACAUACAAUAAGACCAGCAUUACCUUCUGGAGUAUAUCAUUCACAUAGACAAUUUCUUCGAGUAUGUUAUUACACAGCUGACCAAUAUAAUCAAGAAAUCGAUCAAUUGAAUAGUACAUUACAGACAUUAUGUAAACAGGUCGAUGAUGGGAAUGAGGUAAAUGUAUAAAAUUGUUAAUUUUUUUAUGAUUACCUUGAAUUUGUUAAAUGUUGGAGGUUAUAGACUGUAAUUAAUAUACACUAUCCUUAGCUAAGCUAUUUUAGACGAUCCUAUCAAAUGCGGUGAAAUAUUGGUUUUGGUGAAAUGACCCAUGUAUUUAACUUAACAACACAGAUCAAUUUUAUCUUCUGUUUUUCUAUACUUUCAGCCUCUGAUUUAUCAUUCACAUCGUUGCACCAAAUAUUCUAAGUGGGUUAUGCCUAGACUUAUGUUAUUUUGAUAUGUUGAAUAUCAUGUUGAAGUAAAAAUAAUUCUGAACUAUAUAAUCAUAAUAAAUAGAAUGUGUUCUAGAUGGAGAGAAAGAAAAGUGUAGCACAAAUUACAUAUUCAUCAUUCUGUUUAAAUACUUUUUACUAGCUGGAAAGUAAACAGCUUAAAUUUACGUGACAACAAAUCAGAAAUAUGCCACGUUCUUCUAUACCGUGAUUGAAGCUGGUGUAUAUUUAUAUGUAUAGAAUUUAACUGAAUAGUAUAAGGAAAUAGGAUUCGACAUUUCCAACAACCGGCUAAUUUAUUCUUAAUCGUAAACUGAGUCAUGGACAACUAAAUGUUUUAAACGCUCUCAGUUUAGGAGAAUUUAUUGUAUCUUCAUUGUAUCCACUGGAAUAUAUAUUGCUUACAUCUUAUAAUGUGUAAUAUAUUCAUAGCACUAAUCGUUUGUUCCUUCAUAAGUCUAGUGUGAUUUCAUUUAAGUUUAUUCAUAUUAGUUUUGUGUAGAUACUUCCUUCUUGAUAUGUCUAACUUUGUGUUUGAUUUAUUUAAAGCUCGCUCAACGAGAAACUCAACUCCUGAAUGGUAUCACUUCGUUACGACCUCCUUCACUGCCUAUUGAUCCGUAUUGGAGUCCAGUGGAUAUACAACUCGCUUGUCAUGCUAUCGGUAAAUUAGGACGUGAUUAUGAAGGUAUCGCUGAGUGUUUAUUAAAUAAAACUCCAAGUAUGGUAGCCACAUUAAUAGAAACCCAUGGACAACACUUGAAUUUGAAUCAAUUAGCAUCAAUGGCUCCAAUUAUCAUACUUUAAUAUUUUUUUGACAUACAUUUAUGUAAAUACUUCAUUUAUAAAUAAUAAUAAAAAACAACUAGUUGUCCAGUUCCUGUAAAUGUUUAUCGUGUUUUCUUUGUUGCUGCUGUUGUUGUCAUUCCAGAUUCUGCUUCCUUUGUUUUCCCCUGUAAUCCAACGAUUAUUGUAUAUUUUUUUUCUUAACUUUAUGCAUUUUGUUCAGAAUGUUGUUUCUCUGUGAAUAGAAUUCUCUUUCCAGAGUUUCUCGCCG